UUUCCGCUUUCCAUAAUUGGUAACUGACGGACGGUAAAGAUGGCGACCAAGCCGCUCGUGUGUUUAACUACUAAGGAAAGAUGACGGUCACACGCAUAGGAUCGUACUUUACAGCUGCGUCAUUGUCGGUGUACAGUUAGGAGACUUUAGGACUAACACUUGGGCAGCUUGUUGACUUGUUAGGAAGCCAUUUUGUCCGCGGCUGUAGCGCUCCUUCUUCCCGAUGGAGGAUAUCAACUCGAACAUCAACGCGGACUUGGAGGUGCGGAAGCUUCAGGACUUGGUCAAGAAGCUCGAGCAGCAAAACGAGCAGCUGCGUAGUCGCUCCGCGCUGCUGUCUUCGACCGGGGGCUUGGCGGGCAAUGCCAGACCGCUGAGCGCCGGCUACGACUCGGGGCUGUCAGCGGGAGCGGUGGCGGCAGGGCUGGCGGGCUUCACCGGGGCGGGGUUCGGCGGCAUGCGGGGCUUCGUUGGAGCGCCGCCGCUGGAGAACUCGCGCUGUUUGAGCCCCAGGCGCUCGUACCAUGGCUCGUACGGAUCGGCUUAUGACUGCGACGGCUCUCCCGCUGCCACAAACACCGGCAGUAGCCCGUAUUACCACCGCGAGUCUCUGGAGUACAACGAGGACCGAGAGUCCUCAGUGUUGGACGAGGUGGAGAUCCUGGAUCUCGAGGACAUGGACUGUCUGAACGAGGACGAAGACAGCUGGUUGUAUGAGGCAAAGCUGAACAGCCCUCUCCAGAAAGCACUCAGUCCUAUUGUGUGGUGUAGACAAGCCCUGGACAACCCCAGCCCUGACAUGGAGUCAGCCAAACGCUCCCUUCUCCACAGACUCGACCUCACCAUGACCGCGAAUAAGAGGCGGAGUCUGUACGGCAGUACCUACAGCCCUCAGAUGGCCUACGGAAGCUCAUGCAGUCCAAACGCAGCCAACAGCCCGUACAGCAGUGGCUUCAACUCGCCUUCCUCCACUCCCUCCAGAGUGCCUAUCGUCAAACAGCUGGUACUGCCUAGUAGCACAGGUCAUCAGCGUGGCUCGGUGGACAGAAACCCCCCCGCGGUAAGCCCUCAGUCAUCAGUGGACAGUGAGCUGAGUACUUCUGAGAUGGACGAGGACUCUGUAGGAUCUUCUACCACCUACAAGCUCAAUGAUGUCACCGAUGUGCAGAUUCUCGCCCGCAUGCAGGAGGAGAGCCUACGUCAGGACUACGCUGCAACAGCGUCACGUCGCAGCUCAGGCUCGUCAUGCCAGUCCCUGAGGCGCGGCACGCUCAGCGAUCAGGAGCUGGACGCACAGAGUCUGGAGGAUGACGAGGAGGCAGCAAUGCCCAUGGCCUACCACCACCCACCCAUCACACGCUUUAGCCCCUCGCCUCGCGUCUCACCCCGUGUCUCACCUCGCCACUCUCCACGCUCGCGUUCACCCACCCGUGCCUCGCCACAGCCGGUCAUGAGCCGCCUGCAGCAGCCCCGUCUCUCACUGCAGGGCCAUGCCCAUGAAAUCCACACAAACUCCAUCAAGAACGAAGAGAAAUUACGGCGCAGUCUUCCAAACCUAACACGUUCCAGCUCCGGCCCUGCAGCCGAACCUGUCAAAAACAGCCGCAGCUGUGAGUCCAACCUGCAAGUGCCAAACGGAUCCCCACGACACCAGAGCCAGUCAACCACAGCGCAGCACCAAAGGCUCUCCGGGCCGGCGCGCGCCUCCCCGAAACCCAAAGAGCGGCUGCAGAGCCCCACGUCUCUACGAGUUCCCCCUAGCAGUAAGUUGCGCACGCCGGCAGCACCAUCACCUCUCGCCCUACGGCAGCCAAUGAAGGUGAUGUCUAAUCCUGGUUCAGUCACUACCACGCCCACUCGCUCUCUGGCCCCGCCCCGUAGUGCUCUGCCUCGCCCCAGCGGCCCUGCUGCCGGGGGUCUUCCUGUGCCUCGCAGCAAACUGGCCCAGCCUGUGCGCAGGUCUCUGCCAGUUCCUCGCACCUACAGUGGUAUCAGGGAUGAGAGCUGGAGAGAGGGCUGCUACUGAGAAGCCUGCAGCACAGAGACGGACUGUCCGACCUGGCACUUUACCGAGCAACACGAACGAGCAAGAGUUCCACUCGUACUAUCCCCAUACAAUCAACGCUGAAAGGAAAUUCUCACAACAGUGAGGAUACGCAUAUCAUGGCUGGCUGGAAAACAGUGAAUGCCAAAGAACCUGACUGAGAUGUACACAUUCUACCACAGGGCUGCGCUCACACCCCAACUGAACAGCUCCUCCAGAGAGAACAGAUCAAACCCAUCUCUCUCUAAUAAACUAGUAAACACUUUGUCACGCUCUGCUUCUGCGCCCUGUGAAGGAAGGAGACCCUCGACUAUCGCGACACGCAUAUUUUAUUUUCCCCGUAACGGGCCUGUUGCAAUCUCGGCAGGGUGGAAUAUUAUGUGAAACUGUUCUAAUGGUAUUUCACCACGUGUAGCUUGAUGGCCAUAGCUUAAAAAAGAAAAGAAAAAAGAAAAAAAAAGUGGCUGUAUGGUGAUCAAACCCCUUAGUGUCUUUCAGCAGGAAUGUCUUGUCAUUUUUAUGUGACAAUUAUUUAUUUAGAAAUCAUUAUGUAAAAGAAAUUAUUUACAGAAUAUAUUCCGACUCAGUAUUUUGCUUUUGUUUGGUUUUUGCAUUUUUAGUUAUGAAUGUUAAUGUUAAUGUUAAACCUCAACUAUAAAGCUACGUUUCCAAAGUUUUUUUUUUUUUUUGACGGAUCCAUGACAAACUGGCUCUGUACGUUUUAAAAGGUUUGGGUUCACUGGGUUUUAUUUAACAACGAUGAGAUACACCGAGGUUGACAUUUUAAUAGUUUUUGAAUUGUAACCUUGUAGAAUCAUGGACUGGAGGAUCAUGGGUAUUACUGUAUGUCCUAAUGGGUGCGUUGUGUCAUUUCCCAAUUUGUGAUUGUCCCAAAUUUGGCAGUCAAAUUAUUGUAACCCAUUCGAUGUCAAACAUUAAAUGUUACGGGAAGAAAAGCAUAUUACAAACUGAUAGACGGUGAGUCAAUCCGUCUGUCUCCUACUCAGGGGUGGGGAAUGGGUGGGGAAUGGGUGGGGAAUGGGUGGGGGGUCAUGAGAUGACAUUGUGAUGUGUAGUGUGGUGGAAAAGAAAAUGAAAGUGAAAAGUGUUCUCAUUGUGAGCUUGUCUCCACAAUCAUGUUGAUGAUGGAAUGGGUUUAACAAAAAAACAAAAAAAACUAAACACAACCAUGGUCCAGCAACGGGAAGUGGACCAGUACGUGUUAGCCUUAAAGGCGACGCACGAACAUGAGGAGUCACGCCGUUAUCGCAGCGAGAGAUCAAAUAUCAGUAAAACCACACCUGAAUGGCAAUGCCAGUUCAGACUGCAGAUGUUUUAAACAUGAGUGCCUAUAAUUUAUGAAAUUCUGAUUACUUUGAUGUCUUUUGUUUGCAUUUUAUAAAUUUCGUUUUUUUGUGCCAACAGAGUUGACGUUGCCAUCAUUAUUUGCUUCAGGGGUCUCUGCAUUUCUUUCUUCAGUUUUUUUGGCUGAUACAGGAGUAAUUUUUUUUGGAUUUGUAAUUGCUUUGAUAACAUUUAUAUGUAUGUUAUAAACGCUUUGAUAUUUAUGACUCAAUGCUCUGAUGUAAUAAAAGGCUUAUUUAUUAAGACGGAGCGAAACCUGUGCACAGUGAGAGGCAGCCUUGGUGGGACAUCGGUCCGAGCCUGGCCUGGGCCUGAGGACACUCGCGCCACAGCAUUUUGUGGACAGUUUUGUUAAACAUUUUUAUAUCUCCACAAACAUGACGCUCAGUUUUUUUCCCCCCUGUGUUCACAUUUCAAAUAAAAUGUCUGAAAUGUCA